CCACCAAUGUUAAAAUGGCAGCGUUCAGGGAGAUGCUAUUCAAGGCAACUGUUAGAUGCUGCAAAGAAUCUUCAGGGGUGGUCACAGAUAGAUAAAAGAACAUGCUGGCAUGGACAUGCAGGUAGAGGACUUCACUCAGAUCCAAAAGAAGGGUUGAAAGAAGUAGAUGGCAAAAAGAUCCUCAAAGCUAUGCUGUCCUAUGUGUGGCCCAAAGACAGGCCUGACCUGCGUGCCAGAGUUGCCAUAUCAUUGGGGUUUUUAGCCGGAGCCAAGGCUAUGAAUAUAGUGGUUCCCUUCAUGUUUAAAUAUGCAGUAGAUAACCUCAACCAGAUGUCUGGAAAUGUUCUGAACCUGAAUGAUGCACCAAAUACAGUUGCAACCAUGGCAACGGCUGUUCUGAUUGGAUAUGGCCUCUCACGAGCGGGAGCUGCUUUAUUUAAUGAAGCUAGAAAUGCUGUAUUUGGGAAAGUAGCCCAAAGCUCUAUUAGAAGGAUAGCAAAGAAUGUCUUUCUCCACUUGCAUAGCCUGGACUUGGGUUUCCACCUUAGCAAGCAGACAGGAGCGUUGUCAAAAGCCAUUGACCGAGGAACCAGAGGCAUCAGUUUUGUUCUCAGCGCUUUAGUAUUCAAUUUGGGCCCCACCUUGUUUGAAGUGGCACUUGUUAGUGGAAUUUUGUAUUAUAAAUGUGGAGCACAGUUUGCACUAGUAAGCCUGGGGACUCUAGGAGCUUACACGAUAUUCACAAUAGGAGUUACACAGUGGAGGACUAAGUUUAGGAUAGAGAUGAACAAGGCAGAUAAUGAUGCAGGCAAUGCUGCCAUUGACUCGCUGCUGAACUAUGAAACUGUGAAGUAUUUCAAUAACGAAAAGUACGAAGCCCAGCAGUAUGAUGGGUUUCUGAAAUCCUAUGAAAAUGCAUCAUUGAAGACUACCACUACCCUCGCUCUGCUUAACUUCGGACAAAAUGCUAUCUUCAGUGUGGGUUUAACAGCCAUCAUGGUGCUGGCCAGCCAGGGAAUUGUUACAGGUAACCUGACAGUUGGUGAUCUGGUAAUGGUGAAUGGAUUGUUGUUCCAGCUUUCUUUACCUCUUAAUUUCUUGGGAACUGUGUACAGAGAGACAAGGCAAGCUCUCAUAGACAUGAACACCUUGUUCACACUACUUAACAUAGACACAAAAAUAAAAGAUAAAGAGCUGGCUCCGCCCCUGCAGAUCACGCCACAGAGUGCCACCAUCGCCUUUGAUAACGUGCAUUUUGAAUACCUCGAGGGGCAGAAAGUUCUCAGUGGCGUCUCUUUUGAAGUUCCUGCAGGAAGGAAAGUGGCCAUUGUAGGAGGCAGUGGGUCAGGGAAAAGCACAAUAGUAAGAUUAUUAUUCCGCUUUUAUGAACCGCAAAAGGGCGAUAUCUAUGUUGCUGGCCAGAACAUACAAAACGUCAGCUUGGAAAGCCUGAGGAGGGCUGUAGGAGUUGUACCACAGGAUGCUGUUCUGUUCCACAAUUCCAUCUUCUACAAUCUCUUGUAUGGCAAUACCAGUGCGUCUGCAGAAGAAGUCUAUGCUGUGGCUAAGCUGUCAGGGAUCCAUGAUGCUAUUCUCAGAAUGCCCAACGGGUACAACACACAAGUGGGAGAGCGAGGCCUGAAGCUGUCGGGAGGAGAAAAGCAAAGAAUUGCUAUUGCUAGAGCCAUCUUGAAGAAUCCUCCAAUUAUCCUCUAUGAUGAAGCUACUUCAUCUUUAGAUUCAAUUACGGAAGAGAACAUUUUGAGUGCCAUGAGGGACGUAGUGAGACACAGAACAUCCAUCUUCAUUGCACACAGAUUGUCAACAGUGGUGGAUGCAGAUGAAAUAAUUGUACUGGAUCAGGGUAAAGUUGCAGAGCGUGGAAAGCAUUUGGAUCUCCUUACCAGCCCCAACAGUCUCUACUACGAAAUGUGGCACACACAGAGCAGCCGGAUGCUGAACAGGAACGUCAGCCCUCGGUGGGAAGAGAGGAGCAACCACAUGUCCAAAGAGGAAGAAAGGAAGAAACUCCAAGAGGAGAUCAUCAACAGUGUGAAAGGCUGCGGGAACUGCUCGUGCUAAGUACAAGCCCAGGCCCAGAUCUUUGCACUGACACUGUUCUCUGCGUUUGGCAGAACAAUCCUGGCUUGUAAGAAGGCUUUUCUCAGUGGAACACCAGUUUUUAGCCAAAGGAUUUUUAGUUCUGCUUCUUGACAUCCCUAAUAGCAAUGAGAUUGUGGGGGGGGGGAGUAUUUUGAGACUUUUGGGGGUUGGUCUCAGACAUACGUUGGUCACAAGACCAACAGUUCCUUGUCAUUUAGAGUUGUCUGAACAUCUUUGUGGUGUGUUUGCUUUACUCUGCUCUUCACUACCACAGAGGGUAGGUUGAAGUUGUCCUUACGUAUCUGUUUCAGCAACAGUUAAUUAACUGGAGCAUGUACAUCAAGGGGGUGUGUGUGAAGCAGUUAACAUUCUUUGAAUUAGUGUUUUGAUAGGAUUUAUAUCUUUUUAUAAAGAAUAAUGGACAUUGUUAGUUGUAACAAAUUCUAAGCAGAGAGAUUUCUACUUACUUCUUCACUCUUCCCCUCUCCACCCUCAAUUUGUCCUAGUCCCCCCAAAAUUUUGGGAGACUUCAAAAUUAUGAACAAAAAUGUGUAUCUUAAGAUCAAUAAAUCUUACAAGGCAAACAAAGACCAGUACAUCUCCAGUCAUUAUAGUCCUCAAACAAAUGGUUUUAUUAAGUUCUAAUGAGAGUUCAACAAAUAUUGUCCUUGUUUUAGCAAUAAACCAAGUUUCUGAGAGAAAUUAUUCCAAUCAUUGGAGGGAGUUUGGGACUACCUGUGAAUUGAACCUAGUUCUGUCUAGGUGACAUUACCUGUUCUUAAAAAUGUAUAGGCUGGAACAAAAGAUGUCCUUGAUUAAAAAUCACUACUCAGUAGAUAAUACAGUACAAACAUGAAUGCCUUUCAUGUAAAACACAACCUUGCUAAAAUGUUUAAGUUUAUAAUUGCUUUCGUUUAGCAUGUGAACAGACCUUUUUGAAUUUAUGUACAGAAUAGCACAAAGACAACAAAUGUAACUUUUGAAAAGCUGGAAGAGCUUUGUGCACCUCCUUUUCUCAAUCCUGCACAGCCUUGAGAGGGAAGGAAAUAAUAUCCCACAAGGACCUGCUGAUGCAUACUGGAAAAUUGUGCGCAUAGCUUGUAUUUUCUGAAACAAUCUUGUGGUCUAAGUAUGGGAUUCUUUGGUCAGCUUUUCCAUCCUUCUUAAUGUAUCUGCACCUUCAUUGGUAAAUCAUUGGUGCCUAACAUUGCUUAUAAGAACUUCUGUAUUCAUUCCAGUAGAAGGAGGCAGAGCUCUCUGUGCUAGACACACACACACACACACACACACGGCAGGGACUGGUGGAUUGCCUCCAUUCUGUUCCAUCAUUCAUCUGCCAUUUUAUGACACCUUGGAUUGAGCCUAGCUUUCUCCCAGUGAGAAAGGAGAAUUUUAUAAAGUUGGUAAUGGAUUUGACGCAAGAAAAAAAGGUUAUUUCUUUGGAUGCACUAAAUUUAAACAUUUAUAUUUGUUGACUUUUCACAGCAGUGCAGCAGCAUGGCAGCGCUCUUCUGCAAUGCAAGGCCAAACAAACUUUUAAAGCCUCUUAAAAGAGAACUCCACUGUGUGCCAAAACCCCCACAUUUUAUAUUUUGAAAUACAGCUCUGGAAGAACCAAAAAUUCGGACAUAGUUUUCUGGGUCACUAAAUACUUCCGGUAAUUCAGAAUUCCCAAAUUCUGGGGGAGAAAAUCCUUGUAGAACCAUUUUGUAAGCAUGCCUAAAAGGAUGUGGUGAUUUUUGAUUGACACACCUUCUAAGUAUUCAGUAUUUAGCGUUAAAAAUAAAAGCUGCCCAUUGAGACUUUGCCUUGCUUUAAGUAAAAAUGAGAGCUGCACAGUGUAGCAGGGUAGUCUUUGUGUUCAUACCAAGCAAAUGUUUUUGUUCAAUAUUCAGCCUUGCAUAACUUAAUGUACAGUUCGGUCCAUCAGGUAGACUGUGAGAAAUCUUCUACAGUUACAGCAGCUGAAGUGCCAGGGUAUGCAUCCUACUUUUUGGAAAUGAAUCUGGGUAGGCAGGCAAUUCUUACCAGGGUUGCAUUUUGCCUGUCGGGAUGAAAAUUCCUGUAGUUGCAACUGAGAACCUGCUUUCCGGUGUCUAGUUGAGCAAGUCCUACUUUGUGCUUGCUUUUGCCAAUCCUUGCCAGGAUAGUUUUGAAGGAAACAGAAUCACUGCCUCCCCUAGAAGUUGCUUUUGCGUAUCGGCCAGCAGUAAUUGAGGCUGUGCCUGUGUCACAUUCCCAUAACAGAAGUCUCUCUCCUCAUUUUUAAGGUUGACUGUGGUUAAUGGAACUGCUCUGACCUGCUGCUGCUGCUACAUCCUGAUCUUGGAACAUUUUGCUCUCGCAGGUUCCUUUAAUGUAAGGGAUGGGUCUGGUGACAAACUGUGAAGAAAGCCACUGUCCAAAAACAGCACAAUAAUAGUAUUGUAUAUAAAACGUUCCUUAGAAAGCGUUCCUAUCAUAACUCAAUUGUGUAGAUAAUUAUUACUGGAAUAAAUGACUUCUUUGUGAAUAGAAA